AAUGUCUUACUGGGGAUUUUCAGGGAGACCUUGAUGAUGUGACAAAAGUCGCAUCUUCUGGUCUAGAUGUAUACGCCCAUAACAUUGAAACAGUUGAAGCUUUGACUCCAUAUGUAAGAGAUCGAAGAGCGACAUUUAAACAAAGCUUAAAUGUACUAGAACAUGUAAAAAAAAUACAACCAAGUUUGAUUACGAAAACUAGCAUAAUGCUUGGUGUUGGCGAAACAGAUGAGGAAGUUCUAGAUGCGAUGAAAGAAUUACGUAAGAUUCAUGUUGAUUGCGUUACUUUGGGUCAAUAUAUGAGACCCACAAAAAGGCAUAUGAAAGUUCACGAGUACGUUAAACCCGAAAAAUUUGAUUAUUGGGCUAAAGUUGGUGAUGAUUUGGGAUUUUUAUAUACUGCGUCAGGACCUCUAGUGAGAAGUAGUUAUAAGGCGGGUGAAUUUUACAUUGGAAAUAUUCUGAGAAAAAGAAAACUUGAAGUAUGA